AUGUCUCUUCCAGAAAUGGAGAAACCUCGAGUCACAGAGAUACAGGUUCGGAUGGACUGCAAUGGCUGCGUGCAGAAGAUAAAGAAGGCCUUGCAGGGCAUCAAUGGUAUAUAUGAUCUCUACGUUGAUUUUCCUCAGCAAAAGAUAACAAUAAUUGGGUGGGCAGAUCCUCAAAGAAUAGCCAAAGCCAUUAAGAAAAUAAGAAAAAAUGCUAUCAUUUGUUCACAUUUAGAACCAUCUGAUGAUCAACUACCUGCUCAACCAUCAGAACCAGCACCAGAUGGUGGAGCCCCACCACCACCAGAGGGAGGAGCACCACCAGCACCCGAGUCCACUAACCAGCCCACGGCAGAAGCAGCCCCACAAGAUGAGGCACCAAAAGAAUCACCACUACCAGAAAAUCCACCCUCUGAAGCUGCUAAUGGUACUCCAACAAACAAGCCUCCAGUUCAAACCUCAAAACCAAAAGAGAUUGAAGAAAUUCAUGAGAUACACCACCACGCACUUGAUAGACAUGGCUACGGUGGACAAUGGAAUCCACACGGAAGUGCACCGGGAUUUAUUAGAGUCGAGCAGUCUCAACCCACGUACGUGACUCACAGUUACAAUACCUACAAGCCAUCACCUUAUGCGACCGAAUAUGCGCAUAUCAGCAGACCGUCGCCACCUGCCUACUCACAAUAUUACAAUAGUCGUGCAGAUCAACACACAUACAGUACCGACGAGAAUCGUGCUGGACCCAAUGGCAAUAUUACUUCAAUUUUUAGCGAUGAAAAUCCAAAUGCAUGCAGAAUAGUCUAG